UCUGCGUGCUGCGUCAUGCGCGGUUGAAAAGCCUCUAAGUUCACUUCCGCGUUCUUUGCAUAGCAACAGGAGGUGAAAGGAAGAUGGCGGACAGCGGAGACCCCCGUGUUUAGGUAAACAGCGUGCGCACAGUCAGGACGAAAGGAGCUCCGGGGGAGCGGAAGGGGUUCAUUAAGACACCUGCAGGAGCGGUGAAGUCCUCCUGCGGCGCCAUGGCCUCUAACACCGGCCGGCUGAGCCAGCAGGCCCUGGCGGUGCUGGACGUGGCGCUGCGGGUCCCCUGCAUCUUCAUCAUCGACGCCAUUUGUAACUCUCACUCUGAUCCGGCGGAUGGCUGGACCGGGACAGCUGGACAGGUUUUACUGCGGGUGCUGGGUAUCGUGGUGUGCAGUGUUGUGCUGGUGUUGUCCCAGAAGUCCCUGUUUAAGUUCUACAGCCUGCUCGUGGGCAUGCUGCUCGGAUCCACGGCCAUGCUGCUAAACUACUACGCUACGUUGCAUGUAGACUCGUACAGAGCGACGGCGAGCCUCGGGCUGCUUCCUCGUGCCAGACCUGCGCUGUGGCUGGCCAUGGCUGCUCUGCAGCUGCUCUUAGCCUCAGGCUACGUGCUGCUGCUCGGCGUGAAGUCGCCGUACUCCACCUUGAUGAUGCUGGACGUUCUGGUGCCCGUGUCCGGGCUUUUCAUGGAGCUUCCGGUGGACGUGAGGCGGACGUUGGCGGUGGUCUCGGGAUCAGUGCUGGGUCUGAACACCGCAGUGUGCCUGCUCGUCCGCUUUAAGAGACUCUACUACUCGUGCCGUUACGUCUACUUACUGGUGCGGCACAUGUACCGCAUCUACGGCUUACAGCUGCUUCUGGAGGACACGUGGAAGAGGAUCCGAGUGCCGGAUGUGCUGCGGGUUUUCUGGCUCACCCGUGUAGCGGCGCAGGCUGUGGUUCUGAUAUAUGCGGUGAGGAUGGCUCAGGUGGAGGAGAAAGGAGAGGCCGAGGCCUACGUGACGUGGGACGUGUUCUGGGAGCUGUGCAGCAGUCUGAUCAUCAGCGGCUGUGACUCGACGCUCACCGUGCUGGGCAUGAGCGCCAUGAUCUCGUCUGCAGCGCACUACCUGGGUCUGGGCGUCCUGGCGUUCAUCGGCUCGGCCGAAGACGAGGAAGACCGGCGACUGGGCUUCGUGGCCCCAGUGCUCUUCUUCAUCCUAGCUCUGCAGACGGGGUUAAGUGGCCUGGAGCCGAGCGAGCGUCUGGUGCGCCUGAGCAGGAACCUGUGCUUGCUGCUGACCGCCGUGCUGCACUUCGUACACGGCAUGACGGAGCCGGUGUUGAUGGCGCUGAGCGCCUCGCACGUGCAGUCUGUGCGCCGCCACGCUCCCGCUCUUCUCGUGUCCCUGGUGCUGUUGACGCUGCCGGUGGUGUUGAGUGGCAUGCUGUGGCGGCGCUACGCGCUCAACACGUGGCUUUUCGCCGUCACCGCCUUCUGCGUGGAGUUGUGCCUGAAGGUUCUCGUGUCGCUCACAGUCUACACGCUCUUCAUGGUGGACGGAUAUUACGGCACGCUCUGGGAGAAGCUCGACGAUUACGUGUACUACGUGCGCUCGGCCGGAAACGUGGUCGAGUUCAUCUUUGGAAUCGUCAUGUUCGGGAACGGCGCCUACACCAUGGCGUUCGAGUCGGGCAGCAAGAUCCGCGCGUGCAUGAUGUGCCUGCACGCCUACUUCAACAUCUACCUGCAGGCUAAGAGCGGAUGGAGGACGUUUGUUAAGCGACGUGCCGCCGUGCGUCGGAUCCACUCUCUGCCCGAGGUCACGGGCACAGAGCUGCGCGGCGUCGAGGACGUGUGCGCUAUCUGCUAUCAGGAGUUCGCGACAGCUGCACGCGUCACGCCGUGCCACCAUUAUUUCCACGCGCUUUGCUUGCGCAAAUGGCUGUACAUCCAGGACACGUGCCCCAUGUGCCAUCAGAGAGUGUACGUCGAGGAUGACGCACACCAGCGUGCUCCCUUCUCCAACAACAACGGCCAGGCGCCGGCCGGAGACGAGCAGGCGGGGUUUGAAGCGGCAGGAGGAGCCGGGGCCGAAGCGGGACAGGCAGCAGGUGCAGGGGCGGAGCCUGAAGACGAGCUGCUGGAGGAUAAUGACAGUAUAGAGUAUGAUGAAGACGAGUGGGGGACGCAGAGCGCAGCGAGCCUUGUAGAGGAGGACUACAUUAAUGACGACACAGACUCGAAUACUGACUGAAAGAUAUUUUAAAUUGAAAAAAAAAAUGUAAGAAAAUGUUUCAGAUCAGGGAUUUGCUCUUUUAUGAUUUGUUUGUUAGUGUGACUGCGUGUGAGUGUGUGUGUGUGUGUGGGUGUGCGCUUGGGUCUUUCGUAUGUCUGUGUCACUCAAAAGGGCUGAUUGGAGUUAAAGUGAACUGAAAGGUGAGUGCAUUCCAAAGCCGGGGUGAAAAGUCAGAGAGACACUUUUUUGUUCUGAUGAAAGGCAUGGAUGGAGUGUUUGCUGCUUGACUGAGAGAAAUCCUCUCGUCUCCUCUCUGGCUGCCCUGCUUACGCGACGAGAGGUCAAAGGUGACGUACUACUUACUGUAAUCACACAGUUUUACCUCUUAAUGGCUACUACUGGUCUCUUGUGUGACCUUGCUUUAAUUUUAUGUACGUUGUUGUACAUGUCGUCAAAACGGCAGCACGCUUUCCCGUUAGAAAGGAAAGGGCCGUGUUCCGCUACGUGUUCUCCGAGGAGCGUCUCACUUCACCACCAUAUCUGUGUUAAACUGCACACUUCAGUUCAGUUGCAGCUUUUGAUGGUCUUAAAUGUGGCACCUGCUGUUGUUUUUGCACUCUGUUACUCAUUCCACAGUAAAUCUCCUAACGCAAAUGUGCAUUUGUGUCUUCAGCUUUACACUGGAGCUAUGAGGCUGUUAUAGCUAACAGAUAAUGAAUAUUUCCAUAAAUACAUCCCCAAAUCUUUAUGCACGUAGAGCAAAUGACAACUUUAUUCUUAUUUUUAUAUAUGCGUAAGAUAGCACUGACAGUCUGCAUUUACACAUCUAAGCCCAUGCGUCAUCGUUCGCAGCACUUCCAGCUUUCUUAUACAGUCUCGGCUUUCACUGUGAGAGGCGGAGUCAAGGGGGCGGAGUCAUCCCAAAUCGAGCUAGGGAAGAAAGUGACUCUGGGCCUCAUCAUUCUUUACACAUAGAUUACUCAGUUAUUAGAAACGAGUUGUUAACAAUUUGACAUGGUCGAGGAAUUGUCCGGUUUUCGCAGACAACAAGCACAAAAAUUCAAACCUGUUCAGGAGCAGGUUUAUUCAGUGUAAACAAGAUUACAUCAUGCAUUAAACUACACGUUAGUAAAAUAAAUUAUAUAUUUUAUAUAUGUUACUAAAUUGUUUGAUUAAUAAAAUGGAGGAUGUGUUACUGCUAUUACAAAUCCUUGGAUUAAUUAAAAAUUUUGUAGCAUAUUUUUAGUUAAUUUUGCUUUUGUCUGAGAGAAAAAGUUCUUACUAGAGUUUGAGUUCAUAAAUCCUCUCUAUGGAUCUAUGGAGACGUUUUUAUUUAACCUGUUAGCAUGGGGAUGUGAGAUAUAUUGCCAUUGCCUUCUACAAUGUUACUGUAGGAGGAUAAUUGCAUAUAUAUAUAUAUAUAUAUAUAUAUAUAUAUAUAUAUAUAUAUAUACACACACACUAUAUGGCCAAAAGUAUGUGGACACCUGACCAUCACACCCAUAUGUGCUUGUUGAACAUCACGUUCCAGAUUUAUUCCCCCUUCGCUGUUAUAAUAAGCUCCACUCUUCUGGGAAGGCUUUCCACUAGAUUCUGGAGCGUGGCUGUGGGGGAUUUGUGUUCAUUCAGCUACUGAUGUUGGUGAGGAGGUCUGGGGUUCAGUCGGUGUUCCAGUUCAUCCCAAAGGUGUUCAGUGGGGUUGAGGUCAGGGCUCUGUGCAGGACACUCGAGUUCUUCCACUCCAGCCUUCACACACCAUGUCUUCAUGGAGCUCGCUUUGUGCACAGGGGCAUCGUCAUGCUGGAACAGGUUUCAGCCUCUUAGUUCCAGUGAAGGGAAAUUGUAAUGUUACAGCUUACAAAGACAUUCUAUACAAUUGUGUGCUUCCAACUUUGUGGUAACAGUUUGCGGAAGAACCACAUAUGGGUGUGAUGGUCAGGUGUGUACAAACAUUUGGCCAUAUUGAGUGUGUGUGUGUCUCUGUGUGUGUGUGUGUGGAUUCAGAACGGAGCUUGAACUACACCUACAUAAAUUAAAUCGUGCCUAGGUUUUCUUUUCAACAGCUAGUAAUAGUAAAUUGCACAAAUAAAGUAGCUAAAUCUUGUGGAAACACUGACUCUGAUUUAGUAUCCUGUAGCUGCAAUAGGUUGAGCGGCUCAUCUCUCAUUACAUUGAACCUCGUUUAUCAAACUGGAAACUGGAAAUUAUUCGUAAAUUGUUUGCAGGAGUAUUUACAAAAGAAAUUUGGUAUUCAUGAAAGUGCAGUUUGUUUGGGAAAAACAUUUGUAUCAUAUGAGAGUUUGGGUUUUGUGAGCGUCACUAAACAUAAAUCAGCUGUGUUGUGAAAGCACUUGUUUAUUUUAUGCGCGAUUGCCAUUGCGUAAAAAGGAAACUCACAAGGCAGAAAUCACAACAGUGGGUGGGGUCAGUUUGGAAGAAGAGAAAGUUGAUGUAAUCCAGUUCGCAGCAGAGGACUCUAAAAAUUACAAACCUUUAAGAAGUGGAUAAAGUUUUAUUUAAAAUUAUUAUUGGCUAUAUUAGCCUCAUAGCUCCAGUGCAAAACUAAAGAAACAAAUAUAAGACACCAAAUGUCUGGUAAAUCAGAAUUUAUUUUUUUUAUAAAUCAUAUGAGCCACUGAAUUUUGAUUAUGUUGUUGCCAUUAUUUUGAGGAUUCUGUGACUGCACUUAUAAAGAUCUGGAGCGAGAAUGCUGAUCUUGGAUCAGUUUUUGCCUUCCUAACCAUCAGCAGUAAAUUAUGUAAUGUAUUUAACAUAACUGUAUUUGAAAAAUGCCUUUUUUUUCUUUCCAAACCUUAAAGGCUGAUGUGAUGUAAAACACCAGCCUUUUUAUAGCAUAUUAAAUCUGAUUACAUGGACAGUAGCUUUAGGAGAAUUUCACUGAUGAAGGAGACUUACCAAGCAGUAACUCUCCUUCACACCAAGUCUCUGCAAUUAUUUUAGAAUAAAAUGUUGCAAAUGUAUAAUUAAGUUUUUGCAGCAUGUCCCCCAUUGCUGAAGGCAGUGUCUGAUCUGAGAUCAGUUCAGUGGGCGCUAUAUUCUCAUUUUCUUAAAAGAAAAAAAAAUGAAGGCAGGUUCUCCAGGAUUGGAUAUGAAUUGUUUGGUUGGUGGAGUUCCAAUGGAAUUGUUCAAAUUGCUAAGAGGUGUUAAUAAAUUCUAUUUAAUAA